AUGCGGUUCGCCAACUCGGCUGCGAUUGCAGCAUUCGUUCCAUUCUUUGCCCAUCUUGCUGAUGCGGCUCCUUCAAAGAAGUCCGAUAUCUCCAGGUUUGAGAUUUCCACUCUAGGUGGCGGGGCUUUCCGGAUAGAACAGGUUCCCAACCCCGAUUUUUACUAUGGAAAUCGACGAGGACCCAUUGCCCUGGCCAGAGCCUAUUCCAAGUUCAACCAUCCCAUUCCGGAUGAUCUCCUAGGUCUCAUUGAUCAGAUUCUGGGAGAACUAGGCCUGUUGAACGGAUCGAAAGGCGGACACAAAGGAGGAAAGGGAAAGGGAAAUGGGAGUGGGAAGGGUGGUAACAACGGCUCUGGAGGCUCAAAGGGCAACGGCACAACCACAACGCCAGGGGCGGGGGGCAAUGGCACCACAGGAAAUGGUGGUGAGGUCGCCGCCAUCCCGGCCCAGUUCGACAGCCAGUACCUCUGCCCGGUACAAAUUGGCACACCUCCUCAGACCUUAAACCUCAACUUCGACACCGGCUCUUCCGACUUGUGGGUGUUCAGUAGUGAGACGCCCGCAAGCCAAGUAGGGGGUCAAACGAUCUACAAGAUCAAGGACAGUUCAACCGCCAAUGCUGUGACUGGCGCGACAUGGUCCAUCUCGUACGGUGACGGCAGCUCAUCCAGCGGUUCAGUCUACACGGACAAGGUGACCAUCGGCGGGGUCACAGUCGACAGCCAGGCCAUUGAGUCUGCCAAUACAGUCUCGGCAUCCUUCACCAGCAACCAGAACCAGUCAGGACUCGUUGGUCUGGCCUUCGGAACCAUUAACACAGUCACACCCACCAAGCAGAAGACAUUCUUCGAGAAUGCCUUGAACAACCUCGCCAUGCCGCUUUUCACUGCCAACCUCAAGAAGGGCGCAGCUGGUAACUACAACUUUGGCUACAUCGACACGACAGAGUUCACCGGCGACAUCGCCUUCGUUCCGGCCAACACAACCCAGGGUUUCUGGCAAUUCACCGCCCAAGGCUUCUCCGUCGGCUCAAACGGCAGCGCCGCAACCUCCGCGCCCCACCAAGCCAUCGCCGACACGGGCACGACCCUGAUGCUCCUCCCAGACAACAUCGUCUCGGCGUACUACAAGAACAUCGCCAGCGCCCAGUUCGACAACACCAACGGCGGCUACGUCUUCAACUGCAAGGACUCGAUCCCGUCCUUCACCGUCGAUAUGGGCACCUACAAGGGUGUAGUCCCCGGCGAGUUCAUCAAGUUCGCCCCCGUGGACGGCCAGACAAUUGAGACGUCGACGACGUGCUUCGGCGGGAUCCAGAGCGCGGCGACGCUGCCCUUUGCGAUCUACGGAGAUGUGUUCCUGAAAAGUCAGUUCGUCGUCUUUAGUUCAAAAAGCGGUACCAACGAGCUUGGAUUCGCGAACAAGCCGUUGUGA